AGGAAAGAGCGACGGAGAACUUGGCAUUGGCAGCCGUUACAGUAGAGAGAGAGAGAGAGAGAGAGAGAGAGAUGAGCUAUGUCGACGGAGAAGAAGAAGCAGAGAAUCAGUUCGAGCGUUUGCCGGACGACGUCGUCGUCAACAUCUUCGACAAGCUCUCCGACAUCAAAUGCCUCUGCCGAUGCUUCCUCGUAUCCAAACGAUUCGCUUCCCUCAUCCCUCUCGUCCAAACAGUCUCCAUCAAAACCAACAUCUGGCAUUGCCUUUCCAUUUCCCCUUCCGAAUCCGUGAAUCCCCGAGGAAUUGGAUUCCUCGGAAGAUUCUCCAAAUUCCUAAUCAACAACCUGGUCCUCAAACCCCUUCGAUACCUCCAAACUUUCACCCUCUCGCCUUCUUCGCCAUUGAAUGUGUCUGGCCUCUUGUUCUUUGCUAAGUUGACCCAGAUUAGGUCGCUGAAUAUCGAAAUUCACUCCGAUUUCAUGGAUGAAAACGAUUCUUUUUUCAAAUGGGGCACCAAUUUUCCCAAACUCGACAGUGUCACGGUUCUUUACGCUUCAUCUAUCUCUAAAAUGAUGGAAUCUGAACAAGAAGACGUUACGGACAAUGGUAUAACUCAGGAAGAGAUAAAUCGCCGAGUAUUGUUUGCCGUUGCCCGCCUAAAAGAUGCGUUGUUGUGGGUGGGAAUCUUGACUUACGUGGUCCAGUUUUACCCAAUGCUUGAGAGAGUUACCAUUUCCGAUUCAAUGAACAAGGGGGUGAAGCUCUGUUUGGGUGGUGAAAAGCUUGUGGAGUGCAGGAAUAGUUUCAGUGUAAUCAUGUAUGUGUCGAUGUUGGAAAGGGCCAAGUCGUGGACGCAAAAGAAUAUGAAGGUUGGGUAUGUGCCUGUUUUAGAGCUCCCUCUGUCUGGGUAUGUGAUGAAAGGAUUGACCAUUAUGAACUUCAGAAUGUGUGCUGAUGAUAAUUACCAGGCCGGAAAGGCCAUGGUGGAUGCGUUUGCGGAGGAGCAAAGUGUCUUUUCGGAAGCCAUGGUGCAUAUUUUGGAAAAUGGCAAGGACGGUAUCAAGGCAAUGUUCCUGCUUAAUUUGCUAAACCUGAAUUAGUAUGACUUGACUUCUUGUUGUUGUUACUGCUUUAAUUUCACUUACCAACCAAGUAGCUUCUCUUGCUAGUCAGUUGAAUAGGAGAGUAUAAGACUAACCAUAAUAGGUGC